AAGAUGGCAUUUCUAAUAAUCAUUCCAUGUGCAUGUGAAUGCUGUUGACAUUAGUAUUUUUGGAGUUUGGAGACACGUUUGCGCGAAGAUAACGAGUGAUAUAACAUACAUUAUAAAUUAUUAUUUGUAUCGAUUUUCAUUAUCAUGAUUGCCUACCGAUUAAAGCCUUGUAUUAAGCUUCCUCUUUCAGAGGAAACACUGAGAGAAAGCGUAGAUAAAGCAAAAGAUUGGACACUUAUGCACGGGAUAUCCGUACGAGCCAGGAAGAAUUUUAGCAAGGACCAAGUACAAAUAUUACCAUUUACACUGAUACCAUCAAGCUUUCCUGAGAAACCCUUUUUUACUGUGAAAAAUGUACAAGUUUUAUUAAACGAGCUUAUUCAUAAAGUUGCUCACGAUAAAGAAUUUCUCACAGAUAGUUUAAAAAGUACGAUUCAAGCUGAUUCAUUUACAGCAAAAUUGUUUCACAUUUACGAAACAGUAUGUGAAGAAGGUUUCAGCCAGAGCAUAAGUCUUGGAUUACUAAGAUCGGAUUAUUUAUUACACGAUGAGGGCUGUAAGAUUAAACAAGUUGAAAUAAACACUGUAGCAACUAGCUUUGCUGCCUUGGCUACUGUCACAUCUCAGUAUCAUAGAUAUAUAUUAGGAGAAUUGGGUUAUACCGAGGAAGCAUGUGAACAUAUUCCAGAAAAUAAUGCUAUUACUGGAUUUGGUAAUGGACUCGUACAUGCAUGGAAAUUGUACAAUGAUAUGAACGCUAUUAUAUUGUUUAUUGUUGAGGAUGUAACUUAUAAUAUAAGUGACCAAAGAUUUCACGAAUUUCAAAUUCGCCAGUUAUGUCCUAAGAUAAAGAUUAUUAGAAGAAGUUUAACAAGUUUAACAUUGGAAGAUGUAAAACUGGGGCCAAAUAAGGAACUAAUUGUUGCAAAUAUGAUAGUGGCUGUAGUUUAUUAUCGUUCUGGUUAUGAACUCGAAGCUUAUCCUACAGAUAAGGAAUGGGAUGUUAGGUUGUUAAUUGAACGUUCACGAGCAAUAAAAUGCCCAUCAGUACAAUAUCAUUUAGCAGGCACUAAGAAAGUACAACAAUCUUUGACUCAGCCCAACGUAUUGAAAAAGUUUCUAAAGGACGAAACAUCUGUUGCUAGAGUGCAAGAAAUAUUUACUGGAUUAUACACAUUAGACUUUGAUGAGGAUGGAGAAAAAGCAGUGAAAAUGGGUAUAAAUAAUCCAAACAAAUUUGUUCUGAAACCACAAAGGGAAGGAGGAGGAAAUAACGUAUACAACGAAGAUAUAAGAAUGUGGUUGAGUUCAAUGAAAGACUCUCAGGAGAGGAAGGCAUGGAUUCUUAUGGAUCGCAUUUAUCCUCCAUUACAGAAGAACUAUCUGAUACGCUCCGUUGAAGAACCAUUAAAAGAUAACUUUGAUUUAUCGGACGUUAUAGCAGAACUUGGCAUAUAUGGAGUGAUAAUAGGGGAUAGCAGUAAUAUAAUACUAAAUGAACAAGUUGGGCAUAUUUUAAGAACCAAAUCGUCGAGCGAAGACGAAGGCGGCAUAGUGGCAGGUAUUGGUGCUCUUGAUAGCCCGUAUCUGAUUAGUUGAAAUAAAAUUAUUUCUAAAAUAAUGUAUACCUUAUGCAUCACACAAAAAUACUAUAAAUAAUAUUUAGAGUACAAAUUAUAUAUAUAUAUAUAUAUAUAUAAUAUUAUCUAUGUAUAUAAUAUUUGGAAUUGCCUUUAGCAUAAUUAUUGAUUAGAGUAUAAUAUAUUGUAAAAAUAUAAAUAAAUUGUAACGAUAGGGAAUUAAAAAUCUGGAUUUUUUAUUGUUAUUCAGAUGAUUACUCUAAACUCUACCUAGAUCUCGUAUUAAUAUUUUCGUACUCGAAUAUACGUAAGAAAAGUGUCAAAAGACUUCCAAAUACUUCUCAGUUCUAGUUAGAUUUGUUUGUCUUUCUUCUUGAAAUAAGCUGCGCAAAGUAUUUUAUUCAUCUUUUAAUACUUAAAAAUUUUAAAACUAUGCAAUUUAUAUUUAUAAAA